AGUGACGCGGAGUCUGAGACUCUCCUCGCAAUUCGUCGAAAAUACUCGGAUUUCGUACUUUUCCCCUUUCAAUCUUCACGACGCUAAAACGCAAAACCGGAUCAAAUCCAUGUGAUUUCGCUUGUUCCAGACCAGACUCGCCCUCCUCUUACAUGUGGAUAUUGAUGCGGUAGGGAAUAGAUAAAGAUGCCGCAGCCGAAAUCGCGAAAGAUCGCCGUCCUGGGCUACAGAUCCGUCGGGAAAUCCUCCUUGACAAUACAGUUUGUGGAAGGCCAGUUUGUCGACUCCUACGACCCCACGAUUGAAAACACAUUUACGAAAAUGAUCACAGUGAAUGGUCAGGAGUAUCACCUGCAGCUGGUCGACACAGCGGGACAGGACGAAUACUCUAUUUUCCCGCAGACGUACUCCAUAGAUAUCAACGGCUACAUUCUGGUGUAUUCAGUCACCUCAAAUAAAAGUUUUGAAGUAGUAAAAGUUAUCCAUGAAAAGCUGUUGGAUAUGGUGGGAAAAGUACAAGUACCCAUAAUGCUGGUGGGCAAUAAGAAGGACCUUCACAUGGAACGCGUGAUCAGCUGUGAAGAGGGCAAAGCUUUGGCAGAAUCGUGGAACGCAGCGUUCAUGGAGUCCUCAGCCAAAGAGAAUCAGGUGAUGAUGCGCUUCCUGUCUCCCCUCUUCCUCUUCCUGUAGUGUGUUCUGUCUGGCUCUCAGCAGACACUGAUUGAUGCUCUGAUGAUUCUGCGAUGGUGUAUUUGUGAACUGAAUCAGCUGACGUCCAGUCUCACGUCUCAAGAGCUUCUUUAUUCUCUGCUGAAGCCUACUGUGUGAUUUACAGUCACUUCAUUUAUUUAUUUGUUAUUAUUAGUAUUAUUAUU